CCCCCCCCCCGAGAAUCCGUCCCGUCGAGACUCUCCGACAUCCUCGACAAGUCCAACCUCAACCUCCUCUCCCCUCUCGUCUUUCCUCCAUCGCCUUCUCCCCUCCUCCCACGCAUUGUCUUCGCCAUGGACAACUCCCAGGCACCGCCUCAGCCGCAGGCCCCCGCCGCUCCCCCCGCCGCUCAGCCGAUGAUGCCUCAGCACUCCAACCUCAUCCGCACCGACCAGGUCCAGAAACUCCCCCAUCUCAACGACCAGCAGAAGGCCCAGCACACCCAGCUGGUGCGGAACCUGUGGGAUCACCUCAACAACCGGGACCCGCAGUCGCCGGAAUACCAGAGCGCCCACGCGAGACUGACGCAGCUCUCGCAGAACCUCAUGAAGGGCAUGCGCGCGUUCCAGCAGAGUCGGCAGAUCCAGCACCAGCAGAUGCAAGCCGCCGGCGCCGCACAGCCUGGCCAGCCCGUCCAGCGCACUCAGUCCGUCAAUCCGCAGAGCUUCGGCCAGCUCCUGCCGCAGAUCCAGCAGAAGGUCAACACCCUGCAUUUUUUCCUCCCUCCGAACAUCAGCACCGAACAGGCCGGGACCUGGCUCCCCGAGGCCAAGCUCCGGUAUGGCAUCGCGCUCCAGAAGCAGGAACUCGGUCGGGUGCGCAUCGCGGAGCUGCGACAGCAGUUCGCGCAGCGUCAGGGCGCAGGCAGCAUGUCGCAGGAGGAGAUCCAGGAAUUCAAAAACCGGCAGAUGGCGGCGGAGAAGCUCUAUCGCGAGGGCAGUGAUUUCCUGACCAAGUUCAAGGAACAGCAGGAGAACUUCAAAGCCCAGCAGCAGAGAGCUGGCGUCCAGCAACACGUCCCUGCUGCUCAAGCUGCUGGCCCCGUCGCGACCGGCCCUGCUGCUGCUGCUGCUGCUGCGACCCCCACCCCGGCCAGCGUCCCCGGCACGAUGCAUCCAGGCCAGCCUCCCACCCCGGCGCCUCACACAAUCACCUCCGCGGUCUCGGCGGCUCGCAAUCAGGCUGGACAAACGGCCAUGUCUCCGUCGACCUCCCAGCCAGGCCAGACCCCGACUCCCCAGGUCCCUGGUGCCGCACCUGCCGUCGCAGCCAUGCCUCAGCAGCAGCCGCAACAGCAACAGCAGCCGCAGCAACAGCAACCAUCACAGCAACAGCAGCAGCAGCAGCAGCAGGCACCGCCUGUGGGCCAACAGCCAGCUGGGCCCCCAGCGCAGUCACAGCAGGGCCCACCGGGCUCGCAAGUCACCUUCACUCAAGUUCCCAACGUGGACGGCUCGACGCCCACUCCCACCGCGACCCAGACCAUGGUCCAAGGCCCACCGCGUCCGUUGUCCCAGCAGGCCGCCAUGGCGCAGGCUGCUCAGAACUACUCCAACAACAGCAACAACAACAUGAACAACGCCGUUAGUCAGCCACAGAACAUGUCCCAGGCCACCGGCAACUCCCACGCUCACCCUCAGGGCUACAUUCCCAACCGCUCCGCCGACAACUCUGCGCGGAACAUCACCAUGGCCAUCCCCAAGAACCUCAACGUGCCGACCCCCGAGCCCGUCAACAUGGCGCCUGCCCGUCCGACCCUGUCUGGCGGUCCCAGCCACGGUGCCGUCGGCGUCAUGAACCAGCCCGCCAUCCAGAAACACCCCGGCUACGUGCUGGAAGGCGAGGGCCAACGCGUCCUCAGCAAGAAGAUGCUGGACAUUCUCGUCCGUCAGGUUACUGGCGGUGGCGAGGGCGAAGGUCUCACCCCUGAUGCCGAAGAGUUCAUCCUACAGAUGGCCGAUGACUUCGUUGACGACGUAAUCACCGACGCCUGCCGCCUCGCCAAACUGCGCCCCUCCUCGACCCUCGAGAUCCGCGACAUCCAGCUCGUCCUCGAACGUAAAUACAACAUGCGCAUCUCCGGCUUCUCCACUGAUGACCUGCGUACCGUCAAGAAACCCCAACCCACCCAGGGCUGGACUCAGAAGAUGUCCGCCAUCCAGGCGGCCAAGGUCACCCAGGGCAAGGCCGAGUGAUUAGUUCGCUGCUUACUUGGUCGAUCAGUAAAUAACGAAUCUUGUCUUUUUUUUUUCUUUUGCAAUGAUGACUCGCAUGGGCUUGCUUCUUUUCCUUUUUCUUUUCGGUGGGUGGUGUUGAUUGUGCCUGGCUUCGAGAUGCAAUGGGUCGGUGGGAUGGAUAUCAUAUCUAUGGAGCCUUUUCUUUCUCUUUUCUUUUUUCUUCAUCAAAAAAUGUCUUAACAUCAGCAACAACAACAACAAAAAUCUCUCGGAUGGGCUUGGCUCGGCUCCCUUAUGUGGCGGGCGUUCAGGGGGUGGAUAUCUUCGUUUUCUUCUUUGCUUGUCUCCUUGUUUCCUUGUUGUGGUUUCGCUCUAGGUAGACAGACAGUUGUCGGUCAGUCAGUCCCACGAACAUCCGGCACUCGUGUCUCUGUUUCUGAUUCUGAUUUUGACUCCGCUCCUGUUCCCAUUUCAGCAGGGAAAUCGAUCUUAAUC